GGAGCGGUGGGGCUGUUUGUUCCAGCGGGAUGACUCAGUGGUACCAGCUACAGCAACUUGACUCCAAGUUUUUGGAGCAAGUUCACCAGCUGUACGAUGACAGCUUUCCUAUGGAAAUCAGGCAGUACUUGGCACAGUGGCUGGAAAACCAGGAUUGGGAACACGCAGCCAACAACGUAUCUUUUGCUACAGUGCUAUUCCAUGACCUGCUGUCACAGCUUGAUGAUCAAUUUAGCCGAUUUUUGAUAGAAAACAACUUUUUGCUGCAACACAACAUAAGGAAAAGCAAACGUAAUCUUCAGGAUAACUUCCAAGAAGACCCGAUACACAUGGCAAUGAUAAUUCACAACUGUCUGAAAGAGGAGAGAAAAAUUUUGAACAGUGCACAAUUGUCUAAUCAGAUGGAAGUGGGAGGUGUACAGAACACCAUGACUGGGAUGCUGGAUAAACAGAAGGAGCUUGAUGCAAAAGUUAAGGCUGUAAAAAACAGUGUUACAGAUGUAGAACAAGACAUCAAGACAUUAGAGGAUGUGCAAGACGAAUAUGACUUUAAACAUAAAACCUUCCAGAAUAGAGAGUAUGAGCCCAAUGGUGCAUCACAAGAGGAAUGUAAGAAAGAGCAGAUGAAUCUCCAAAAGAUGUUUUUCUUACUUGACAUCAAGAGAAAGGAAGUGGUGGCCAAGAUAAUACAGCUCUUGAACACCACAGAGCACACACAGAGUGCUCUUAUUAACGAGGAGCUGGUGGAGUGGAAACGUAGGCAACAGACUGCAUGCAUUGGUGGCCCACCCAAUGCCUGUCUUGACCAGCUACAGAACUGGUUCACCAUCAUUGCUGAAAGCCUGCAGCAAGUUCGUCAGCAGCUCAAAAAGCUUGAGGAACUGGAGCAGAAACUUACUUAUGACCCUGACCCUAUCACAAAAAACAAACAAGUUUUGCAGGACCGAACGCACAGUCUUUUCAAACAGCUUAUCCAGAGCUCCUUUGUGGUAGAGAGGCAGCCUUGCAUGCCAACACAUCCACAGAGGCCAUUAGUCCUGAAGACAGGGGUACAGUUUACUGUGAAGCUGAGAUUACUGGUGAAAUUGCAGGAAUUGAACUACAACCUGAAAGUGAAAGUUCUAUUUGAUAAAGAUGUAAAUGAGAAGAACUCAGUCAAAGGAUUCAGGAAAUUUAAUAUUCUGGGAACAAAUACAAAAGUAAUGAACAUGGAAGAAUCUACUAAUGGAAGUUUAGCAGCAGAAUUCAGGCACUUGCAACUGAAAGAACAGAAAAAUGCAGGGAACAGAACAAAUGAGGGUCCUCUUAUUGUAACAGAAGAACUUCACUCUCUGAGUUUCGAGACACAGCUGUGCCAGCCUGGCUUAGUAAUAGAGCUAGAGACCACAUCACUUCCCAUCAUUGUCAUCUCUAAUGUGAGCCAGCUUCCAAGCGGAUGGGCUUCUAUCUUAUGGUUCAACAUGCUGUCUACUGAUCCCAAGAAUUUGUCCUUCUUUCUAAACCCACCUUGUGCGAAGUGGUCUAAACUUUCUGAAGUUCUGAGCUGGCAGUUUUCUUCUGUGACAAAAAGAGGACUUAACGCGGAUCAGCUGAACAUGCUGGGAGAGAAACUACUUGGGCCAACAAGUGGAGGAUCUCAUGAUGGCCUUAUUCCUUGGACAAGAUUCUGUAAGGAAAACAUAAAUGAUAAAAAUUUCCCUUUUUGGCUGUGGAUAGAGGGAAUCCUGGAACUUAUUAAGAAACAUCUCCUAUGCCUCUGGAACGAUGGCUGUAUCAUGGGUUUCAUCAGUAAAGACAAAGAACGUGCUUUAUUGAAGGACCAGAGACCAGGAACAUUUUUACUGAGAUUCAGUGAAAGCAGUAAAGAGGGAGCAAUCACUUUUACCUGGGUAGAAGGAUCUCAAAAUGAGCCCCAGUUCCACUCAGUAGAACCAUACACCAAGAAGGAGCUCUCUGCUGUUACUUUCCCUGAUAUCAUUCGCAACUACAAAGUGAUGGCAGCUGAAAACAUUCCUGAAAAUCCACUGAGAUUUCUGUACCCAGAUAUUCCCAAAGACAACGCCUUUGGCAAAUACUACUCCAGGCCUAAGGAGGCCCCAGAGCCUAUGGAUACAGAUACUCCCAAGGGAAACGGCUACAUUAGGACUGAAUUAAUCUCUGUAUCUGAAGUCCACCCAUCCAGGCUCCAAUCUCCAGAAAAUCUGCUGCCUAUGUCUCCUGAAGAGUUUGAUGAGGUAUCUCGGAUGGUGGAUCCAGCAGAGAUUGACACAGUAAUGUGUUCAGCAUACACGGCGUAAAGGUAGAGCUUCUUACUGCACCACUAGCACAGCCAAUCAGCUUCUGCAUCCUGCUCUCCAGUUGGGCUUCAAUUCUUUGGGAAGGCUAUGCGUAAUUCAAAGCACAUCAGUUUCUGAAAGUCCAGUAGCAAUUUCUAACCAGGGGGGAAUAUAAGCAGCAUUUGAAUAGUCCCUGUAUGUGCACUUCUUUAUUUCAAGUUGCAUUAAACAAUUUGAUAUUGACAAGAUGCUGUGCAAAGAAGAGUGCAGGAAGAAAGGAGAACAGGAACAAGGGGUCCUCAGUGAAAGUAAGGGGAGAAAUGCACUUAAGUGUAUUAGUUGAAUGGAACGUCUAAAGUAGGUGGCUGUACAAGAAGGCUUCAAAGGAAAGCUCAUUCUUUUGCAGAGGUUCUGUUCAGAAAGCCUGCACCUGCUGAGCAUUUGCUUCUGAAGAACUUUGAAUUUUCUUUUGCAUCACAAAAAAAGGAGCAGAUGAACACUGCAGGUACACACCACAGCAAAUCCAUGUGUUGCUGCAGUUUGUUCUGGCUUUCUUUGAUACAGGCAUAGCAUGCAAAAAACAUUAUCUGGAUUUCAUUUUUGCUCGUUUUUGUGGUCAAGUCGUCUUGGGUAGGAAAGAGCACUUCUUAGGACAACUAAUUAACAAUUCACUGUUAAGAGGCAAGGUUGUCUUAAGCAGUGGGUCUCCUGGACGAAGAGCAUAUAUUAGUCCAGACUGCUAAUUAGCACACAGCUGAUCAGAAGGGCUCCAGAACACUGAUGCUGAAUCCCAUAUCACAGAAUCACACAGAAUCACAGAAUGGCUUGGGUUGGAAGGGACCUCAAGGAUCAUGAAUCUCCAAUCUCCCUGCCAGGCAGGGCCACCAACCUCCCCGUUUACUAGACCAGGUUGCCCAGGGCCCCAUCCAACCUGGCCUUGAACAUGCUUAAGCAGAGUUGCUACUGCAGCUUCUGAGCCUGCUGCCGUCCACUGCCAGUGCCUGGGAGAUCAGCCCUGCAGCGCUACUUUGCUGCCAUUCAGAUACGCUAAAUUGAUCCACUGAUUCUUAAAUAAAUAAAGAACCAGCUCAAUUUAGUGUUCUGCUCAAGAUGACCUAUGUGGCCCCUGAAAAAGCUCAAGGGAAGUUGUCAUGGUUUUGUAACUUCGCUAUUGGUAUUCCACAUCAUAACAUCAUGGACAAAAGAGAAGAACUACGUAUCCCAAAGGACCUCACAGUCAGAGAAGGAAGACACAUCACGGAAGAUACGUCAUCUGGUUGCGCGCAGUUCUUCUUCACUUUCGCUUGAUGCUGGGAGAGGAGUGGGUGUGCUUUCCAAGCCGGGCGCCUUCAUCAAGUAAGGCUUUCGGUUUCGGAAACUCUCUCACUCUCUCUCUCUCUCUCCCUCUCUAUCACUCUUUCGCUCUCUCUCCCUCAUUUCAUUUGGUUUAUUAUCCUUACUCCCAAUUAGAUUGUAUUGUAUCGUGUCAUCUUGCAUCCCAACAUCAUAGUUAGUAAAAUAAGUUCUCCUUCUUAGAUUGUUGCCGCCGCUUCGUUUUUUCUCGGGAAGCCAGGGGGGAGGGGGAACCGCAAGCCUACUGCCCCCCUGUCAUGGGCACAGAUCUAUCUAGGUAACUCCGUGACAGAAGUAAAAUUUGAAGGACCUAGCCAAGUGUGAACUUAAACAGAACAUGGUCCUACACUUUCUUAUUUUUUUGUGCCAAACAUUGCUGAGGUUAACAGAGAAUCGCCACAACUGGUGACCUUGUGCUUCUGUGUUGUCAUGAAUAACCGAAUGCUAAACUGUUUUGUGAAACAAAACCAGACAUUUGUUUCUUGACCUAUACCUUGUACCCACAUUUUAUGUGCUAGUUUGUUUUCAUUACUUUCAAACUACAAUGUUAGCAGCAAGGAUAAAAUUUUCUUAUGAGAUUUAAAGCAGCAGCCAUAGGUCAGCUUUGCCUCUACGUGGCCAGUAGUCCCAAAAGCAUUAUUGUUCUUUCCACUCCCUGCUAAGGGACUGCUUUUUUGCUGUUUUAAAUAAAUGGAACCAUCUGCUGACA